AGUCUGCUCUUAAGUUCCUCCUUUUGGCCAGUCUUUCCCACCAUUCGAAGUCAGCCACUUGCAACUGACGACCUUUAUGGCUGUCGACAAUCGCAUUGACACCAAUAACUCAGAGUUUAUUUUUUCCUCAAACUUUCAGUUUCUCUGCUUCAACAGAAGUGCUUUUAUUGCAACUCUUUGCAUACACUCCGACCCGGCAUGUCGCAUUCAGUGGUGGCUCCCGCGCACACGAAGGGGAUGGGCAGUUCAGUCCGUGUCGCGCGGCGGCGCUCCCAGCAGCCGACACACGCACGCACCCGCUCCGUUCACUUCCCGAUGGAGCCGGUCGCACGCGAUAUGCAGCGGGAGAUGGAGUUGGAGCUGCAGCGGUGGGUGGAGCCGGCGCUGAAGACCGUUUUCACAUUCAACCCAAGCGCACGCGGUGCGGUCAGCAUGCGGCGGUGCACGACAACGAAGGACGAGAGGUCGGUGGUGUUGAAAACGGUUGCGAUGACCCUCCCUGUCUACCGAGGCUGCGCGAUCGCUUCUUCUCGGUCCGGCUAUCAAGGCUUUUCGUCCACCGACCUCAGCUCCGAUCUCUCCGGCAACCUGCGGAACCCGUCAUCGGAGAAGGAUACGACGACGUGGACCCACGCCCAGUUGUUGCCCGAUGCCUCCGUCGCCCUUUUCAAUCAGGUGGACAAGAAGGUGUCUCAUGUGGCUGGUGUCGUCGAUGUAUUCACCCUUGCCAGCAUGCUGCGCGCCACGGGCGCCGAGGAGGAGCAGCCGUCCGGUGAGCUGGUGCGGAUGCCGAAAGUCACGAAAAGCGACAUGGAGGAGCGCGGCUGGACGCUGGCGGACGUUGCCGCUCCUGCUCUUACUGCCGCCGUCGCUGUUAUGAAGGGUCGCCGUGGCGGUAACGUUGUCAGUGGACACAACAGCUCGAUGCGGGGCAGUUCCUUUUCCCUUCCCCCAGCGCACCCCACCGUGUUCCUCUACGCCCGUGACUACGUGGAGAACUUCAACAGUCUUACCACCUUGCUCGAGGACCGUUGGGGCAGAGACUUACUGCCCAUCACCGCCAUGCCCAAGUGGGCCCACUACGGACCGCCCGGCGGAGGCGGCGGCGACGGUCAGUCAGCGGGUCACACUUCCAUGAAGGCAGAGGACUUUCGGAAACUGGAGGAGCACGUCUCUCGGUGGCUCUCCGGCCGCGCAAAGGUGGAGAAGCGGAAGCGGCGCCUUGUGGCGGAGAGUGCGGCGGCGGAGACGGCCAUGCGUGGGGCCGCCAUCGCCGCACCUCUCCCCGAGGAUCGGCAACGCCUCACGGAGCACGACGCCGCCGACAUCGCGUGGGCUGUUGCGAGCGCGCUGGACGGGCUGCACCGCAGCGGAAUUUCACACGGCAACGUGAAGCCGGGCAACGUGCUGGUACAGUGGUGGGACGCGGAGAGGGACGCGGCCAGCCGUCGGAAGGUGUGCCUCACUGACCACCUCCUCCCGUUGGUGCCCGAUGCGCUGUUGGAGCCAGGUGCGGUGCUGUCGCUGCCUGGCUGGCGUACGCGUGACACGUGCGGGUACGCAUGCAUGAAGGCGCACGACGCGGCGGUGCUGCCGCACAUGUUUGGUGGCGGCCCCGCUGGUGCGCCUCCGUCCGACCCCGCGACCUACACCAUCAGCGGCUCCUGGCUGACCAGCGGAAAGGAGCAAGGCGAUGGUGGGGUGUCCUUUGCGGGGGGCGUUGAGGGGCUCUCCAAUGACGCGUACGAGGCGGUGUUGCUGCAGCACUUCGUCGCCCCAGAGAACGUGCUGCUGGUACUCGACGGCGCAGACACGCUCGAGCCGUCCACCGUGUCCAGCAAUGGCGGCACUGCCGGAGAGGCAUACCGUGUGUGGGUGAACCAGCAAGGUACCUCGCCAGCCUCUGACGUCUACGCGCUUGGCGUGCUGCUGUGGGUGAUGCUCGUGGGGCGCCUGCCGCCGCUGCCGCAGUACCGCCGAGUUGUCCACAGAAGCACUGGCGCGGAUACAUCGACGGCAGCGGCGGCAACUGUAGACCACGGAGGUCCGUUUUCGCCGCCGUACGCAGAUGUGCUGGUGCGCUGUGUGAUGUCGCUGUUUGAGAUCCGUGCAGGCACGUCCGCGACACAGGCGAAAGACGGCAAGCACCUGCGAGAACUCUCCAUCUUUGUGCGCUCCGAGACGGCGCGGGCGCACCUGCCGCUGGUCCUCGCUCUUGCACGGGCGGGGGACGUCCGUGUGGUGGCGCUGGAUCUUCUCGUGCGCAUGCUGCACACGGAUCCGAAGCACCGCAUCACGCUGGCGGAGCUGCGGCAGCAUGCCUUCUUCCGUGCGUACGGCAGUCGGCGCCACGAGCUGCGCCGGCAAUACGAGGAGGCGCACCGUGCCGCGAGUCUCUCCGUGCGGUACAGCACGCGUGCUCCCGAUGGUCGGGCGUUGAUGCCGCGUCAGAUGGGUGCCCUCGCGGGCGUGGCGAAGGAGCACCGACGCUCGCUGGAGCGCGGCCGCUCCGAGGAGUCUGCCACUGCAACGAAGCCCGACCGGCGCUUCACUACCAGCAUGGGUGCCAUCACCACUCACGCGAGCCCGCCCUUUGCACGGACGCGGUCGGCGUGCGUCAGUUCUGCCGCUUCCGUCGCUGGCGCUGUUGCCGCACCGUCUGCCGCAUUUCGUCACGCCGCCCAAGCGGUGGACGACGCCUUCGGGCACGAAAAGUGGGAGCAGUCAUGCUUUCUUGGUCCGGCCUCGCCCGCACUGGUGCGGCGCAGCAGCAGCAGCCCCCUCCAUCGGCCCUCCUCCCCCUCCCCCGCCGCAGCCUCCACGGAGGGCCCUUCUACCGUUGCACCCACGGCGGUGGAGAAGAGUCCGUCUGCCCGGCUGCGCACCCCGUCGCUGCCGCCGGCGAGCAACGACCGCGCAGAUUCGUCGCCACACGGUCUGGCUCGCACCGCGACGUUCAGAGGUGUCCGACGGUGGACCGCACUGCGACCCAUUGAGAGCGUGAUGUCUCCCCCAAAGGACGAUACUCCGGUGGCUCCGCUGCUGUCGGCGCUGAGUCGACGUGUCGCGGCACCCGCGCCAGAGCCGGAUGAAGUCGCCCUCAGGUAUCCAAUGGGGCCGCGGCGCCCGGCCGUGCGUGUGCGUCCUGCAAAAUGA